AUGAGUCGCGAUACUGGUUAUUUCAGAGAUAAGUAUAAGAUUGGACAAACUAUCCGACCAGAACCUCAAAUAGGCUCUGUGGACUUUCCCGAGGAAUGUUAUGCCUCUGAUGUGGAUGAGGCUGAUGCUACUUUUGUGCGUGAGACCUUCGGACUGACCGAAGGUACGUCAGACGCUGUGCUUUGUUGCCCUGGUUGCUUUACUCCUAUUUGCUACAAAUGUAAAAUUGAUACUACCGGCAACUUCGAAUCCACGGAGCCUGUGAAUGUUACAGUGGAACCUCGUUCUAAAGAAGGCGCUAAAACAACUAUAGAUGAAUUCACUGGCGCCCAGCUAAGUAACAAACGGCACGCCGAAACCGAAAAGGGUACUGAUCGGGAUUACGUGGCCUAUUGCGACGAAUGUCGCCACGCUGUAGCAUCGGUAGAUGACAACGGCAUUUAUACAUUCCGUCGAGUUAUCGCAAGUCCACCGUGA